AUGGCAAGUGUUACCGGGGCUAUAUGGGUGGACUCAAACCAGAUCGACCUACAGCUGGAUGGUGCAGCAGAGCUGUACAAAGCCUUCGACAGGUUCCCGUACCUGACACAGAAACAGACGGCUGCACUGGCACAGCGCUGCUCCCUGCUCCCAGAUGAGGUAAAGGUGUGGUUCAUGUUACACAGGCUCUGCUGUGGCAUCAGCUGGGACUAUAAAGACAUCCAAGAGGUUCAGAAGAAGUUCGAGUCAUGUCAGGGAAAGGUUCAGGGAAAGGAAGAGCUGCAAAAACAGGAUGAGGAAGUGGUAAAAGAGGAUAGAAGAGAGACGAAGAAAUGGAAGAAAGAGGUAAAAGAAUCUGGUGGGAAGAAGGCAGGAAAGGUAAGGAAGGAACAGAGUGCAAAUGAGGGAAGGAUGUUGGGAGAAAAUGUGAAGGCUAAUGAGCGAUUAGCGAUGAUGAGGUUGGCUUUCUCUCACUGUCAGUAUCCAAGCAGGAUCGACUACGACCGCCUGGCGAUGUUGAUUGGCCUCCCUCGCGACGUGUUGGUUAAGUGGUUCGGUGACAUGCGCUAUUACAUCAAGAAAAUCAGGCCGUGCUGGAUGAAUCAGGAGCAACACAGCCAGGCGCUGGCCAACAUCAAGUACUCGCAAUGCCUGAACGCGCUGGCAAAGGCGCAGCCGAGUGAGGGCAUCAGAAAGCCAACCUGGAAGAUGAAGACUGAGAGCAGUGAAAGCUCAGGCAAGGAUGAAAGUGUGAAUGUGCCUCCAGAGUAG